CCUCGUUUAGAAGGUUUUCUGGGAUUUUCCAUAGAGGAUCGUUACUCGACAGAUGCUUACGAUCGAAGUCCGUUGAACGCUUACGCGACGAGAAUUCGCGUGAAAUUUUCUAUAAGUAAUUAUUGUCUCUAAAAUCGUUGUCGAAGGAAUUAGCUGGCGUCGACUUUUGCGCAAGAUUUCGACAGAUAGACAGAUCGGCCGAGGGGCAGAAUACAUAAUUCCCGAAGAGGUAAUUGUACGACGCGACGAUAGAACCGCAUACUUAUUCGAUAAUAAUCGGUCGAAUAGUUCCGUAACGAGGAAAAUCGACGAACGGAUAGACGCGAAUGGCGAGCGCGCGACUGGUGUGUACGUAUAAGUAGGCCCGUCGACGGACCUGACGCGAUGUCUGACAAUAGACCGGGGCUUCGCCGCGGUGACGAGGAGCACGCAGUAGCGUUGUGUAACGCGGACAGUAAACACGGAAGAUCGUAAAGAAACGCGGAGAAGGAGGAGUCGUUGCGUCGGAGGCCUGGCCGAACGAGCCCGGACGAACGAGGGAACGAGGGAACGUACGAUCGUCCUCGGGAUCGGGAUCCACGGGAAUGACGAAGUCUCGGGCCAGACCGAUGGAACAACAACCAGAAGAAGACGUUGUAUCAGCGGCGGCGGCGCGAGGAUGACGCCGACCAGGACGGUGGUCGGGUUAUCGAGGCUCCUCGUCCUCGUGCCUGUCACCGUCUGCGCGACCAUUUCCUACGUCCACCAGGAACUACCCCGUUGCCAGGAGCGAACGCCACCCCAUCAGACCUUGGCCAAGUGUCGAUACGACGACGACUGUAUGAAGAACGCUUACUGUUGGAAUCAAGAAGCCUGUUUGUGCAAAGACGAUUACAUCGUCUAUAAGAAUCGCACGCACGUGGAGUGCCUGAAGGUGGCGGCUGCCAUAGGAGACCCAUGCGAGGCGGAUGUACAGUGUCGCGUGACCUUUGCUCCCUACUCCGAGUGUCGACGAAAUAUCUGUCAGUGUUCCGACGGCUCUCAUUACGUCGAGGGAAGGUGUUACGAGUCUGUUGGUUUAGGACUCGCCUGUCAGACGAAUCGGAAUUGCUACAUCAAGGACAGUUACUGCGUGACAGGAUUCUGCGAGUGCACGUUGAAGUACCAUCCGAAUCCACGGAACGACGGUUGCAUACCGAGUAAAGAACUGGGGGACCAAUGCCUGAACGAUUACGAAUGCGUCGCGGAGAAUUCGAGAUGCAUCGACGUCUGCUCGUGCAGAGUGGAUCACGUGCUGUCGAGGGACGGUAAACGGUGUCUGAAAGCUGCCAAUUCCGUCGGAGAACCGUGUCAAGAGGACUCUCAGUGCCAGCUAUUCCUGAAAGACAGCAAAUGCGGUUCUAACGACAAGUGCGGCUGCCUCGAGUAUUUCCAUCAACGCGGUUCCGUGUGCAUCAAGGAUGUCGCAUUGAACGAACGAUGCGAGAACCACAAAGAGUGCAUCACCGACACGUACAGAGACUCGUAUUCGACCGAGGUGAUGAACGUCGAUUGCGUGGACGGCUUAUGCGCAUGCGCCAAGGAUUACACCGUGACCGAAAAGCUGCACGAUUGCAUCCGAUUCAGCGACAACGGUGCCGCAGCUGCAACACCUUGGACACAACUCUCCCGAAUUCUCGCGUUCGCGUUUCUAGCUAGCCUUUCGAUAUUUUGGACCCGCUAGCUCCAAAUUCGAUUGUAUCGCGAGGAUUUCGUAGUGGUAUUGAAAAAAAAAAGAAAAAUUCGUUCGAUUGUACAUACGUUGCUCUAGACGAGAAACACACUCGUUGCCAAAGAUGGACAUCCAUUAUCUCGACAGAUCAGUCAUUUUAACACGAUUACGUUCCGUGGUUCCGAGGUCAUUAUUGUAAUCAAAGUAUACGCUACACCCGUGGACCAGCGUAGAUACAAAA